CAUCGGGUCACUGCAGACGACCGUCUCGAUGCCGCCGGCAGCGCGUGACUACAACUCACCCCAGUCAUCACCACAGCCUGUUUUCCAGGCCCCACAGGCAUGCAAGCGUUGUUAUUCACGCAAGAGAAAAUGCGAUAGAAGGCAUCCAAAGUGCUCGGCGUGCAUUGAGGCGAAUGUCCCUUGUGAGCUCGAUGGCAAGGCAGCACAAAAGUCGCUGUUCGUCCAACUCAACGAGCUGCGGGCAGGUACUGUCGACCUGCAGAAGCGCAUCGAAUGGCUUGAAGGGUACAUUCGACAGGUGUCGCCAGUGCUUGGGGACAUAUCUGUUCGGCCCACGGGCUCCCAGCUACCCCAACCAGUGUCGUCGUAUGACUCGCCGGCGCAACUGGCCCCGCCGCCGACCGUGACGACGACGGUCCAGCUGUCGACUUUGGUGUCGUCUGGCGCGGCUAUGCGAGUCGACACGAGCACUCCGCCUCUUGCGCUGGCUGGAUCGUCAAACCACUCUCCUCCCAUCACCUCCGCUGCACUCCACCCCGCUCUGCCGACGUUGGACGAAGCGCACGAGUGGAGCCGCGCCGUGUUUGCGACACAUAGUCAGAGCCGACAUUGCAUCAACCCCCAAGAGCUGCAUGACGACACAAGCCUCGUGUACGGCGAGAACGGCCUCAUUGCACCUGGCCUAUCAGCCUCACGCUUCAGAACAUUUGCGGUCAUGUACCUGGGUGGGAUGAUACAGAACCGUCGAGGCGAUGGGCAAAUCAGCGAGUCGUGUCGAGCUUGUCGAGCCUUUGCGCUCCAAGAACUUGCCAACGUGACUGCACAGGAGGACUUGACAGCAGUCCAGGCCCUCGCCCUCAUGUCGUUGAUAAGCCUGUACGAGCCUGGCGGACCAAGCCUGUUCCAAGUGGUCGGCUUUGCAGCCCGCACAGCACUCUCCAUUGGCAUCCACCGCCGUGACGAAGUGUACUUUCCCAGCAUCUUGGAUACCUUCCAUGAUGAGGCAGCCUUGCGCGCCCACAACGAGAAGCGCAAGAACAUAUUCUGGGCCGUGUACUGCUUGGACCGGCUUGCCGUGUUCACCCUCGGCCUGCCGCCAGCUAUCCGCGAUAGCGACAUCGACGUGGAUAUGCCAACAGUGCCCAUAUCGUCGUCAGGUGCAUCGCUAGAAGUUCCCGAGGUCGCGUUACGCAUCCAUAACAUUCAGCUUCGCCGACUCUAUGGCAAGAUCUACGAGUCGCUCCUCACAGUACCGUCUCGAAAUGACUUGUCAGUGUCCGCACGCGAAGCCAUUGUCGCAGAUCGCGCCCGUGAGGUUCAGGAAUGGUACGACAACAGCCCCUUCCGUGCAGCAUUCUUCCCAAUGUCCGACUCCAGCAUCUCGCGACAGGCCGCCGACGACAUCUCGUAUCACCAAAUGACCAUGGGACUGUAUCGACCAUCCCCACUCAUGCCCCACGUUCCAUCUAGCUAUGUGACAAUCCUAAAGUCGUCAGCAAGCAUAUCGGUCGACCUCUACAGGCACUAUUGGCCACGACAGCAGGUCUUGUCAGUUUGGACUCACCUGUACCAGAUCAUCUCGUCCUGUACAACACUGGUGUACUGCUUCUGCGAGUACCGCUCUCGUCCAGAUUUGGUCGACCUACCCUCAGAACAGGUCGAGGGCAAGAUUGCACAGUGCCAGGACUUGCUUGCGCGCUUCGGACCCGCUUGGCCGGAAUCUCAGCGGUACCAGGCCAUGUUUGACGCCUUGGUGCAGUCGUUCAGAUCGUCCCAGCCCUCGCCAACCCACUCCAUGGAGGCACCAGUUAUCCGGCCACAGCCUCUAGCUGUGCAACAUGCGGAGGAGCCCGCACCGCUGCAGAUCCCGUUGUCAAAUGUUGCCAGUGUCGCGACCAUUCCGAGCGUCACCAACGGAGGCGGCGAGGUGGACCUGUCAAUAUUUGACCUGUUCAACUCGACCCAGACCGAUGGGGGCGGACUUGCCGGAUCUGUGGGGCAACCUGGCAGCGGCACAUCCCCAAGCAGCGUCAUGAUGGGGUUCUGGGCCCAGAACUUGGUUCCCAAUGCGUAG